AUGGGCCUGAUCGAUAAACUCCAAGCCAGACUCGAGCUCUACCGCCUCGAGCAGCGCUACACCCGCCGCAAGAACCGCAACACCUUCACCACGGGCGCGCAGUACGUCGAUGGCGAAUACAUCUACUCCUCCAACGGUUCCAGCCUGCCCACAAGUCCCGUCUCCAAGCACUCGACCGGCAGCUGGCGCCCGUCGGGAUCGGGAUCGGGAUCUAGAUCGCCGCGGUGA